AUGACAACUUCAAAUAAGAAUAAUCUUAAUAUACUCGAUUUACCUGAUGAAAUAUUAUUAGUCAUUUUGAAUAAAAUGAAUACGAUCAAUAUUCUCUAUUCACUUGCUGAUGUUAAUGAACGAUUUAAUCGAUUAAUAUUUCAUUCAAUUCAUAUUCGGAAUCUUGAUACGACAAGCAUGGUUAUAAAUUCAUAUUAUGAUCGUAAUUUUUCACUAGACAAAAAUUUUCUUUUAAGACUAUGUGAAAAAAUCUUACCACGAAUUCAUCAUCAAUUAAAUGAACUUAUUGUUGAACAAAAUUCAAUGGAACAUAUUCUUUUUACUGUUGAUUAUCCACAACUUUAUUCAUUAUCACUUGUUAAUUUUCAAGAAGAAAUACUUUUUCAAUAUUUAACAGGUGAUUCAAUUCUUCAUCAUCUUCUUACUCAACAAAUUACAGAUCUUAAUAUUGAUGUUUCGUAUGAACUAGAAUCAAAAUCAUCUUUAAUUUUAUCAAGUAUAUUUGUAUUGAUUUUAUCUAAGUGUCAACGAUUGAUUAAUUUGAAUUUUUGUCAACUAUUUUCUGAUCGAAAAAUUCCAAUUUUUAUUUAUGAGUUUCCAUCAACAAGUUGUAUAUCAUCGACAUUAACUAAAUUAAAAAUUAAUGUCGAAAAAUUUGAUGAUUGUCUUUAUCUUAUUCGAAAUCUCAAAUAUUUAUCAACAUUAAUUAUUGAUGUGAAAGAAAUAUUAUUGAGUUCAUCAGAUAGAAACAAUAAAGAAAAACUUCCCGAAUUAAAAUAUUUUUCAUUGACUUUAAUAGAGUUCACAACUCACUAUGAUGAUCAAAUAAUUCCAUUACUUCGUCGAAUGAUAAAUCUUACAGAAUUAACAUUAUUUUUGGCAGUAUUAAAAAGAUACACGACUUAUAUUGAUGGUACCAAAUUGUACGAUCAAAUUCUUAUUUAUAUGACACAAUUGAAUAAAUUUACAUUCAGUAUAAACACAGGUGUUAUUAACAGAAAGAUGAAAAUCGAUCUGCCAUCGAAUGAAGAUGUUCAACAUAGUUUCAUUGGAAACAGAUAUGGACAAGUUGGCUCUUACGUCCAUUUUAGAUCAGAAGACAAUAUAGGCAUGUCGCAUGUCUAUUCACUUCCAUAUCAAUUUCAAUAUUUUCUUCAUCUUAACAAUUCUUUUCAAGGUGAUAUGUUUGACUCAGUUCGACACUUAACAAUGACUGAUGGACGUCCUUUUGAAUAUAAUUUAUUCAUAAUUAUCUCUCAAUGUUUUCCUCUUCUCAAAGAGUUAUAUGUUGUUAAUCAUCAACCACAAAACAAUAAACAACAUUCGUCUACAUUAAUUAUAUUUCCUCAUCUUAUUCUUCUCAAUCUGGUUGACGCAGAUGUGGAUUAUGCUGAACAACUUCUCUUCGAUAAAAACACUCAUCUACCUUCUUUAUUAGAUCUAUGCAUCGAAUUCAAAUCACUCGCAAUGAUAACAAAGAAUUUUACUUAUAAUCGAAUACGUCGCAAUUGUGCUAAAAUAAAAAAACUUCAUGUGGAUGAAUUUUCACGACCAAAAAAUUUUCAUGAAUAUUUUCCAUUAUUAUAGAUAAUAAUUGUCUUAGAAAAUAGAUGAAUACUUUUUUUUCAUAUAAAUAUAUAAUACUUAGUUACAAUUUCAAAAUUAAUAUAAACAUGAAUAGUAUCAAUUUUUGAAUUUCAAGUAAAAUUGAUUGAAUAUAUUCUCAUAAAACAAAUAAACGAACUGUAAUCUCUCAUGUUUGUUUAUGCCAAAUAAUCUUCAGUUACAGAUGAAAGUCCUAUAUAUAUAUAUAUAUAUAUAUAUAUAUAUAUACACUUAGGGCAGUCCAAAAGUAGUGGCGGAGGUUAUUUUUUUUCUUAUAGAAGGCUUGAAAAAAUUGUCAUUUUUUAUGAAU